CAAGUCAUUAUGACUAAUUCGACAAGAAAAUUCUCUUUGAAACAAAAAUUUACAAAUGUUUCUUGUAUGGUCAAUCAUGAAAAGCGAUAUGGCCCAUCACAAGUUCAUUUUGAUAUUCCCUGGAGAAUGAAAAUCCAGCGCUCCGGUUCCGAUCUGGCCGCAUUUUUAUGUUGUCAAAAAUCUGAAAACGCUGAAAAUUUGAUGGUUCACUUCGAGAUGAAGCUUAUAUCAAUUCUUGGAACUGAAAAGUCAAGGAAGACUAAAUUCAAAAUUUGCGAUUUAAAACCAGGGAAUGAUGGUUAUGGAUGGGAUUUUAUGAAUUGGGAGGAUAUGGAGAACCAGUUCCUGAUAGACGAUUCUAUUCGAAUGGAAUGCCACGUGGAACUGAAAUAUAUUGAACGGACGAGUUACAGAAAGUUUGAUGAGAGUGCCAAAGAGUUUUCGGAUGUUAUUUUGGUAGCUGAGAAGCAAAAGUUUUACGUUUCCAAGCUGUUUCUAUCAUUCCAAUCUUCAUAUUUCCACGCACUACUUCUCGGAAACUUUAUUGAAUCUACGAGCUCAGAAAUCGAACUAAAAGAUGUCAACUCUACAUAUUUUCAAUAUUUCUUGGAGCUUCUCCAUGGAGAAUCUUCAAUCACUGCUGAAAAUGUUGAGCACAUUCUCCAUCUGGCAGAUAUGUUCGAUGCACGAACAGCAAUUCGGAGAUGCGAGGAAUUUCUGAACUCCCUCUGUCCGAAUGUGAAGCUGAAAGAUAAAUUAAGACUGGCCGUGCAGUAUAGACUUGGCACAUUGAAGGAAAAAAGUUUGGAGGAAGUCAAAACAAUUGCAGAUAUCCCGGAUAUUUUACCAGUGCCCAUACGUGAAUUGAACCUGAGAAGUGCGAUUUCACUGCUUCGAAGAUCUUAAUUUUGUAAUCUAAAAAAACCUCUAAAGUUAUAAAUAUUAAUAAUAA